CAUUUAAUUGUGGAACAGUCUCACCUUUUUGAUGAUCUUAGCCAAAAGGUCAAGAAACGUAGUAGAAAAUUUAUUUUUUAGUAGAUGAGUUCCACCACGUUAAAAUUUAAACACAACACAAUAACGAAAAAUAUUACAUAUAUAUUUGGCUGGAGAGUCAAUUUGACAAUAUUCACCUUGGUAAGAGAUUUUCCUAUUUAUUAACCUCUUUCAUGUCUUAUUUGAUGACAGGGUUCAUGCCGAGUCUUCUCUAUUGGCUGGAGCUUGGCGGUACUUUCAAAAAAAUGGAAAUUUCAACGCCUCCACCGAUCAACAAAAUGGAAAUUUCACCAUGUGCUUAAGGCCAUGUGACAUUCAGAUUCCACUAAACCGGCUAUAUUUACCCUGUCAAACGCCACACACAAUGGAAACAGACCUUCCUUUGAAUAAACCGAGAGAGAUACUAUCUCUCAACGUGUCUAAGAACACAAGUACACUCAAGAACGAGACUCUCUUAUAGAGUAGAUUAUGAGUAAACUAAGUACGCUCAAGAACAACUCAACCUUCACACACAAAUGGCUCUAGAAAGCUAUGGAAAAUGAUGAUAUUUGAAUGCAAUGAAAGUAUGGAUGUUGUGAAGUGAAUUGGUGAGAAAAGCAGACCCAAACACCCCUUUUUAUAGUGCCAAAGAAGGCUCCAACAGACCAAUGCAUUAAAGGGGUGAUUGGCUUGAUUUAUGGGAUUGAAAAGAUUUGGGAUCUGCAAAAUAUUGGCUUCCCAUCGAUGUUUAGACUCAACCAUCGCUGCGAUGGGUAGAACUCCCCAUCGCUGUUUGGCAUGGUUCUGGAAACUGGUUUGGCUGAGGGGCCGCUUACCCAUCGAUGGGAAGAUCUUCCCAUCGCUGGGUGGGUGGUUAGUCAAGAACCCAUGGUUUUUGCCUUAACCACGGCCUAGCCAACCGAUGCGAAACC